AUGGCAACCAGCAAGAGCGACGUCGAUUUCAGCAUCAAGCCGGAGGCGGUGACACCCCCAAUCCCGACCUCAGAAUGGCCGUUGCUACUGAAGAAUUAUGAUAAAUUGCUCGUGAGAACUGGGCAUUUUACUCCGAUCCCAGCAGGAUGCACCCCUUUGAAACGUGAUUUGAAGUCGUAUAUCAGCUCUGGUGUUAUCAAUCUCGAUAAACCGUCGAAUCCUUCCAGCCACGAGGUGGUUGCGUGGAUGAAAAGAAUUUUACGGGUUGAAAAAACCGGCCACAGUGGAACUCUGGAUCCUAAAGUCACAGGAUGUCUUAUCGUCUGUAUCGACCGCGCUACGCGUCUCGUUAAGUCUCAGCAAGGAGCCGGAAAGGAGUACGUUUGUGUGAUUCGACUACAUGACAAGAUUCCGGGGGGCGAAGCUCAGUUUGCGCGAGCUCUUGAAACGUUGACUGGUGCGCUCUUCCAACGACCACCGUUAAUCUCGGCUGUCAAGCGUCAACUACGUAUUCGUACGAUCCACGAGAGCAAGCUGUAUGAGUUUGAUAAUGAUAGACAUUUGGGUGUGUUUUGGGUUAGCUGUGAGGCCGGCACAUAUAUCCGAACACUGUGUGUGCAUUUAGGGUUGCUCCUUGGGGUAGGUGCACACAUGCAGGAACUAAGAAGAGUCCGCAGUGGUGCCAUGGAUGAGAAGGACGGGAUGGUGACGCUACAUGACGUUCUUGAUGCCCAAUGGAUGAUGGAUAACAACCGCGACGAGUCCUAUUUAAGACGAGUAGUUCGGCCGCUCGAGAGCUUGUUGACCACUUACAAGCGUGUGGUGGUUAAGGAUAGCGCCGUCAAUGCCGUCUGUUAUGGAGCUAAAUUGAUGAUUCCUGGAUUGCUUCGUUUCGGUAAGUGGAACUCGAUGCAGGCUGGCAUUGAAGUUCACGAAGAGGUUGUUUUGAUGACCACCAAGGGAGAAGCUAUCGCUCUCGGCAUCGCACAAAUGUCUACCGUCGAAAUGUCCACCUGUGACCAUGGUGUUGUUGCAAAGGUCAAGCGUUGCAUCAUGGAGCGAGAUUUGUACCCGCGACGAUGGGGUAUGGGCCCAGUUGCCCUUGAGAAAAAGAAAAUGAAGGCAGAUGGCAAACUCGAUAAAUUUGGUCGAACCAACGCCUCGACACCAGCAAAGUGGCAAGCAGAAUACAAAGACUACAAUUCCUCAGCGGAUACCGCUGCCGAGGCUACCCCGGUUGCUCCAAGAGAAGCCCCCGCGACAACAGCUGGUGAUGCGUCAUCUCCUGCCCCAGAGGAAGAUAAGGAAGACGCCAAAAAGCGAAAGAGAAAUGACGGUGAGACCCCAGAAGAGCGCGAGGAGCGCAAACGGCGAAAGAAGGAAGAAAAAGAAAAGCGAAAACAAGAGAAAAAGGAAAAGAAAGAGAAGAGAAAGUCCAAGCAAGCCGAGGACAGUGAAUCCGAGUGA